GCAGCGGCCGCGAGGACGGGACCUGAGCGCUCCGGGGCUCGGCCGCCCACGGCCAGCGGCCAUGCAGGGCAAAGUGGCCAUCAGCUCUUCCAGCCCUGUGGUGGCAGUGUCAUUACCAGCCCCAUCCCAGGCCAGACCCUCACCCAUCAGCACUGGGGAGAUCUUCAGGCUUCCUGGGAGGCUGAGAAUCCAGCCCUCCCUGUGGAGCAAGGAUGAUGUGAUCCACUGGCUACGAUGGGCUGAGAAGGAAUAUUCCCUGCGGCCCACUGACGAGAGCAAGUUUGAAAUGAAUGGCAAAGCCUUGUGCAUCCUCACCAAGGAUGACUUCAGACACCGAGCUCCAAACUCAGGGGAUGUGCUUUAUGAAAUACUCCAGUUCAUUAAGACUCAGAGAAGAGCUCUGGUGUGCAGCCCCUUGCUGAACUCACCCUUCAGGACAGCCAGGAGCACGGAGGAAGGUGCAGACUGCAGUGCUGAGACUGCUCCAGUUGUUUCCUCGUGGCUGGGCUGUGCAGAGCAGCCCCUGUUCCACAGCCACACGCAGCCACUGAACCUCUCCCACUACAGCUCAGAGAGUAGCUGCAGGCCAGGUGCCAUCUGCUCUUUUCCUGCUACCUUGUCAGCCCCAGUAGAUGGGAAAAUUGCAGACUGCAGGCUGCUGUGGGAAUACGUGUACCAGCUCCUGUCCGACCGCCGCUACGAGCCCUACAUCAGGUGGGAGGACAGGGAAGCCAAGGUGUUCCGCAUUGUCAACCCAAACGGGCUUGCCCAGCUCUGGGGCAACCACAAGAACCGGAUGAACAUGACCUAUGAGAAGAUGUCACGAGCACUCAGACACUACUACAAACUGAACAUCAUCAAAAAGGAGCCAGGGCAGAAGCUGUUGUUCAGGUUUUUGAAGACUCCUGGGGAGGUUGUCCAUGAGAAAUCCAGAAAACUGGAGCAGCUAGAGAACGAGGACCAUGAAGAUUUGAAGGAAGACCCCCUGGAGGUUUCACCAUAGUAAAUCUUUGGUGGCUUCACUUCAGUGCAUCGCGGAGAGACUCAUGCUGUGCUGGGCAGUGCUGGUGUCUCUUGCCUCUACUGGAUAGAAGGCCACAGAGCUGGCCUGGAUUUCAAACCCUGCUGUGAAUCAAAGCUGAGAUCUCUGGGGCUUCAUUAGCAAAACACAGCUGGAAGCUGUCCCCCAGCCCCAAAAGCACAGGUGGAUGUGUGGGCUGCUCUCCUGCUGGUUCCUCUCCUGCCCUUCGGGAGGGAAUGUGAUAUUUUUGCUCUGAAAUUUUAAUCCUUGUCUUUAAGGUCUAAACUUGUGGAAAAGAUCCCUCUGAUCUUCCAGCGAGAUGUGCUGAGCUGAGCAGAGCACAAGCUCCAGGCUGAGCAUCUGCUGCUCUGCUUUGGCAGUGAGUGCUGUCCCCAGCUGUGAGCAUCCUGCUCUGGACCUGAGCCAUUUCCCCAGCCUGAACAUGGACUGGCACUGCAAAUAUGGUGCAUGCUGGAACCUCACUGUGUCCUGUGAGGUUGCUCCUGGGAUUAAGGUUAGGAGUGUACUGAAAUACCUGCCUGGAUCAGGCCUGGCUGAAGCUCCAGGCUCCAAGGUUGCCCGUAGCUGGUAUUCACUUUAAUUCCCUUCCCUCCAGGUAACAACUUUUGUAAUUAAUUUUGUGAUUAAAUAAUGUGAAAAGUAACAAAUAUGACCCCACUCAUGGUCAGAUAUGUGAUUAUUUGCUUUGAGUUUGAAGCAGGAAUACCUGAAGUGAACAGAGUCUGUGUGAACAGAAACAGAGCGUGUAUGAAAA